AUGCCGCGCGGACAUGGACGACGUCGUAGGAAGGAAGUCGAGGAAGACUCAGUUGAGGCGGUGGAGAGAGCCCAGAGAACCGUGAUCUUCGCCAAGACGAAGAUGUGCAAAUUUCACAUCCUGGGAGCCUGCACCAAAGGCGACGGCUGCAAGUUUGCCCACCAAAAGAAUGAACUGCAAGACCUUCCGGAUCUAGCCUGCACAAAACUUUGUAAGAUGCUGAUCAGCACAGGUUCGUGUGACGAUCCGACCUGUCGAUAUGCACACAAUCGUGCAGAGCUAAAGGAGAUUCCUGGCCUGCCUUCCCCUCUUAUGGACCAGCUGCGGGAGACGGAGGCUUCUCAGCUGGCAGAUGCUGCUAAAGCUGCUGCCAAAGCUGCUGCAGAGAGCCAGGGACUCAGACCUGGGGAAUGUUCCCUGGGCAACCUGAAAGUGCUGCAUAUUUCCCAUGGUCAGGCAACAACCCACAGCGGCAAAAGAGCAACGAAGAAAUCCAGCGCAAACUCCGACAACAGCUGUCCUUGCUUGAGUUUCUUGGACGCAUCUGGUACUUUCCCAAAAUAG